UUUAGAAGUGGUAUUCCAUGGACACGUUUGCAUGUGACAUCCUCUAAGCCGUUGGCAUGUGGCUGUGGCGGGAUCAUUCUAAAGGGUCGCUAUGGAUCAAUUCCAGUUGUGCUAAAAGUGAUGCGACGUGAGGAACUGAUUAUGAUGAAAUGCUUGAAGAAAUUAUUACUGCUCGAUCAUGUGAAUAUUAUGAAUUUUUACAUUCAAAGACCACUGCGUUUUGAACGAUGCACAAUUGUAUUGUUUCACCUAAUUGAGUCAACAACACCUAAUUUUCUUGGCUCUUCACANGAUAUAGUUGAAUAUAAGCAUGCGACAUUAGUAAUGGAAUACUGUCGCAAUGGUUCUUUGAGUAAACGAAUCAAGAGCAAUCAAAUGAUGAAGAAGAAGCAUUUUUUGAAGUGGUCUUAUCAAAUUGCCGAUGGUAUGGCGUAUUUGCACUCGCAAUCAAUUGCUCAUCGCAAUCUCAAACCACAAAAUGUUUUACUGAAUGCCGGUAAAGAUGUGCGUAUCGGUGGAUUUACGCUUUGUAAAGAAAUGAAGGGUGCGAACGGGAACACGUUCUGUGGCACUGCACUCUAUAUGGCGCCUGAGGUUGUGGCUGGACCGAAGUAUUCCCUUAAGGUGGAUGUAUGGAGUUAUGGUGUUGUGUUGCGUGAAAUGUUAACGCAAAACCAUCCGUAUGCAUUACGGAACGCUGUCUCAAUAGCUCUCGAACUCGGUGACAUCGCAACCAAACAGUGCUGGCCAAAUGCUUUCUCGCUACUGCCUCCAGUCGAUAGUCCAACACACUUGCAGCAACUGAUAUAUAAUUGUUUCGCUCCUGAUUAUGAAAAACGACCGAGUUUCGAUGAGAUUCUGGUGAAGUUGAAGGAAAUAAAAGAAGAAAUCGAAAAGCUGAAUGAUGACGAAUGGAUGUCGAAGAAGAAGGGCUGGCGAACAAUGAUACGGAAAGGUCGGCGAUAUCUUAUUCCCCUUUGA